UUCUUGGCUGCCCCAGGCAAUUCCAUCCCGAGGGAGUCAGUGGCAGAGUUCGGUGCUGGCGUUCAGAGCGUCUCUCCCCAUGAGAGCACAACCAAAGAAGAAGAAGAAAGUGGAUGUGAAGAGAGAGCAAGCACAGAAGGAUCGUAUGAAAAAAAGGAUUAAAAAGUUGGAAAAGGCUGCCCCAGAAUUGAUUCCAAUUGAGGAUUUUAUACCACCAGUGAAGUACUCAGAUAGCAACAGGGUGCGAAGUCUUCCCGAUCUGUCACCUGAGGAGACUGAAAGGAGAGUUUUACUUCUGAAAAAGUGGUGUCUGUUUAAGCAGAAACAAGAUAAUGCAGAAAAGAAAGCAAUUCAGACCAUGGUAGAAGCUCAGCAAGAGGCACUAAGGGAACUGCGCCUUGAAUCAGAGGAGUUGUAUCAAGCAGCAAUCAGACGAGAUGAGGGGCUUUUCCCCUUUGAGAGAGAUGGACCCUGUUACACCCCACCGCUCCCUGGGUACGAUCCUCCUGAAGGAAAAUGCAUUGAUAUCACCAAAGUGUAUACACAGUGA